AUGCGUCUCUCGGCUCUUCAACGGAUAGAGGCCUCAAUUUCGUGUCUGAGCAAUAAAACUGGCUUUGGACCGAACCGAAUGUACAGAAAGGGGAAACAUUUUGUGGGCACCGAACCACCGGAACUCAAAUAUCAUCAGUUACAAGACAAAAAGCCCCAUGAUGCAUAUGGUUUGCAAGGGACAAAUCAUCAACUGCCCGGAACUGGAAAGAUUCACAGCAAGUUGCCGACGAAAGUUUUAAUGAAAAAGGACAAAGUGUAUGCUUGGUGUAGUUGCGGAUACAGUGGGACACAGCCUCUUUGUGAUGGGACGCACAAUAUGACACACAUUCCGAGACAAACGCUAAAACCCGUGAGAUUCAUCCCCGAUCAAGAUAUGACCGUCUGGCUAUGCAAUUGUAAACAAACGAAGAAUCGACCAUUUUGCGACGGAACACACAAAUGUUUGAAAGAAGAAGACAAAAUUGCGGCUCUUUUUGAU